UGUUAUGGCAUACAAGAGAAAAUUUUUUAAUCCAAUUAUAGUGAAAAGCUGGAAACAAACAGAUUAAGAACAAAACAUAAUUUUUCCUUUGAACGCCAAGAAAAAUAAAUAUACGCGAAAGUGACAUAACGCUUUCAAUGAACUAGAAGCAAAAAAAAAACUAGGACUGUUAAAAUUAAAAUGCUGCUUGACCGCACAUCGAUGACAAUUUUCAAUCAAAAGUAUUUUUAAACAGUUUGAAAAGUGAAAAUGCGUCCGAAUGUCUAACGAGCAACGCAUAAAGACAAAAUAAAUUACCACGACACGCGAAAAAAAAUUACAAUUACAGUGGAAUUGAAUUGCAGCAAGAAAGAAAAAAAGGAGAAAUAAAAUAAUAAAAAUAAAAGCAUUUAACGGAAAAAAGAAAAUAAAUAAAAAAAAUGUCAUCAUCAUUGCUGGAACCAGAGUCCCCGAGUGGCGAUUUAUCGUGGACCAAACUGCUGGAUGGCUCGGCGUCACCCGGCUCGAUAAUUGUCAAAAUCGACGGGAACCAAGAGCCGAAAGAAGUUGCACAAACACCCGAUCCAGACCUCAAUAAUCGUCGACGCGAAUCAAUUUUGGGUACAUUCCACCGGCAACUCCGGAUGUCACUGAAGGCAGUAAGCGAGUCUCCGGGACCAUUAACGAGAUAUAGACAGACACGUUUCUCGUCGCGGCGCGUGAGGAAACGCGUUAUUUUCAAGUCGGGCGACUGUAAUGUUGUGCAGGGAAAUGUAGCUAAAAGACGAAGGAGAUAUUUACAGGAUAUUUUUACCACAUUAGUUGAUAUUAAAUGGCGAUGGACCAUUUUCGUGUUUGCGCUGAAUUUUAUUCUAUCAUGGAUGAUAUUUGCUGUGUUAUGGUAUCUAAUUGCAUGGUCACACAAUGAUUUUGAGUGGAUACACACGAGACGGGAUGAAGAACUGAAACAGAGUAACUCGGGAAAUUAUACGGGCGAAAAAUUUGUGCCAUGUGUGACAGAAUUGUACGGAUUUACAUCGACUUUUCUCUUUUCGCUGGAGUCACAACACACUAUAGGAUAUGGACAUCGAUACGUUACAGAAGAAUGUCCCGAAGCUGUAUUUUUAUUGUGUUUACAAAGCAUCACCGGCGUAUUUACUCAAGCAUUUAUGGUGGGCAUCGUAUUUGCAAAGUUAUCGCGACCAAAGAAACGGGCACAAACGCUGUUGUUUUCACGCAACGCCGUGAUAUGCCAUCGAGACGGGGUUCCAUGUUUGAUGUUCCGAGUGGGUGACAUGCGAAAAAGUCACAUCAUUGAGGCACAUGUACGAGCACAAAUUAUCAGAAGAAAGGUCACGCGCGAAGGCGAGGUGCUCGGUUUCUAUCAGCAGGAACUACAAGUUGGCGCCGACGGUAGCGACGAUCGUCUCAUGUUUAUCUGGCCAACGACAAUUGUGCACAAAAUUGACAAAGAAAGCCCAUUGUACGCGUUAUCUGCGCAAGACAUGAUAAAGGAACGCUUUGAAAUUGUCGUAAUGCUAGAGGGUGUCGUUGAGUCAACAGGUAUGACGACGCAGGCACGCAGCAGUUAUUUGCCAUCGGAAGUGCUGUGGGGCCACCGUUUCGAGUCAAUGAUCUCAUUCAAGAAGGAAACGGGCGAAUAUGAAGUGGACUAUACCCUGUUCAACAACACGUACGAAGUGGAUACGCCGCUUUGCAGUGCCCGGCAACUCGAUGAAGUGAAAGCUGAGCUUCAAACACCGGGACUUGAUCGUCUUUACUCAAGUCACCAUCUAAUACCGCGUGCCAAUUCGGCCGUGUCUCUCGAGACGCCAAGCAGCGAAACGGCCUCCGUCGACUCCACGAAUCGGCGUCACAACUCGAUCCCGAAUGGACAUCUCCUCGGUGCCGAUAACCACCAUUUCACAGAUUGCAUCGGCAGUGGCACGAUAACGAACUUGUACAGCAUGGACAAGUCGCCACACAAAGAUAUCACGACAAUUACCAUAAGUAACUGCUGCAACAACAACAACAACAACAGCAGUGCGACGAACAAUAAUGUCGAUAAUGUGAGUAGUAGUAACAAUAAUUUGAGUACGACGGGCACGACCACGACGACGUCGACGAGUACCGCGAGGAAAAAUAAUAGUCGAAGACUGUCAAUCAAGGAGCCAAGCGAUUCGAUGUGCUGAUAUUUGUACAUGUAAUGGCCGAGGACAGAUGUAAGACAUCGUUGGCGUCAAAAACACAAUUAAUAGUCUUCAGCAACCGAUAGAAAAGGAUUAGAAGGAAUUAAGAAAAUUAAUGAGAAGAAAAAAAAACUUGAUUGCUUCGGGAAAGGAAUCAAAAGUCGACGUUCGAUCAAAACAACAUGUUGAUUUUCUGUUCAAAAAAAAAUCGCAUCUAAUGGAAUGUCCAAUUAAGGAAUUUAUUUUUAAAGAAAUUGUAAAUAUUAUUAAAGCUUGAUGGUGAAAAUCCAAAGCUUAACAAAAAAAAUGCUGAGAUUUAUUUAGAUAAAAAAAAGUGAGCUCAAAAAAUCUUUCGUGCAUAUUUAUAAAUAAAUUAAUAACACUCAUCACUGUCUUCUGUCAGUAUAAGUGAAAGAAAAAAAAAACAUUAAAAAUUAAGCACAAGUAAUUUUUUUAUUAUUGAAACAAGAACAAUAUUGUAUUAUUAUUUUAUUAAUUGAAGAGGACUUUUUUAGUCGAAUUUUCAUCGAAUACUUGUUUAAGAAUGAACUUUUACGUUUAUUAUUUUAUUUUAUUUUUUUUUAUUAGAAUAAGUCAUUAUUAUAUUUAGUUAGCUAAAUUUUACUGAAAGGCAAUGUUCUAAGAAGGUGUUAAUAUAUUAA